CUAUUGCGGAGGACGAAAUCAUGGCGGCCUCCUUACGGCUGGGUCGUCAAGGAAUUAUAUUCGGUUUUAGAUUGUCAAAACUUAAAAAAUGUUCAUGGUCUUCACAUUCGUGGCAAGACCACGUCAGGCAUAUAUUUCAGUCCCCAUCAUUCUUCGGGGUCGCCCCAGUCAAAGUGCAGAUGCCGGCUCUAUCCCCGACCAUGGAGGAGGGCAACAUCGUCAAAUGGCUGAAGAAAGAAGGUGAGCCGGUGGCUGCCGGCGAUGCUCUGUGUGAGAUUGAGACCGACAAGGCUGUGGUUACCAUGGAGUCCAGCGACGACGGUGUUUUGGCCAAGAUAUUGAUGGAGGAGGGGAGCCGCAGCGUGCCCCUGGGCACUCUCAUAGCCCUGAUGGUGGAGGAGGGGGAGGACUGGAAGCAGGUGGACAUCCCCCCCCCGCAGGCAGCCGCCCCCGCGCCCCCCCCCGCCCCGGUGGAGGCGGCCCCCGCCGCUCCGCCCCCCCCUCCUCCUGCCAAACCAGCCGCCACAGGACCGUUGCGUUUGAGUCCAGCAGCAAGGCACAUCCUGGACACGCAUGGCCUGGACCCCCUGUUGGCCACACGCACCGGGCCCAGGGGCCUCGUCACCAAGGAAGAUGCCCUGAAUCUUCUGAAGAAGUACCCUGACGCUAAAGCAGCUCCCCCCAUGGCUGCCCCCGCCCCAGCCUUGACCCCAGCAGCCCCAGCAGCCCCUAGGCCUGCCGCCCCGCCCGCGCCCACCCCUCCACCCCCUGGAAGCAGGCCCAUGUACCCUCCUCUUUCCAUACCAGGGAAGCCUGGAGCACCGGGCACCUUCUCGGAGAUCCCAGCCUCCAACAUCCGCCGCGUCAUCGCCCAGCGACUGACCCAGUCCAAGACCACCAUCCCCCACGCCUACGCCUCCGUCGACUGUGACCUGGGUGCCGUCAUGCUGCUCCGCAAGCAGCUGGCCAAAGAGGAGAUCAAAGUGUCCGUCAACGACUUCAUCAUCAAGGCGGCUGCAGCGACCCUCAGAGAGCUGCCGGAGGUGAACGUUACCUGGUCGGGGGAGGGGCCCCAAGCCCUCAACUCCAUCCACAUCUCCAUUGCCGUGGCAACGGAGAAGGGCCUCAUCACCCCCAUCAUCAAGGAUGCCGCUGACAAGGGCGUCCAGGAGAUCUCGGCCAACGCCAAGGCUCUGGCUCAGAAGGCUCGCGAUGGGAAGCUGCUACCUGAGGAGUACCAGGGAGGAUCCUUCAGUAUCUCCAACCUGGGGAUGUUUGGCGUCAGCGGCUUCAGCGCCGUCAUCAACCCUCCCCAGGCGUGCAUCCUGGCGGUGGGGCGCUCCCGGGCCGAGCUGAGCCUGGCGGAGGGCACUCCGGAGGGGGCGACGCCCGCCCUGCGCACCCAGCAGCUGAUGACCGUCACCCUCUCCAGCGACGGGCGGCUCGUGGACGACGCGCUGGCGUCCCGCUUCCUGGACAAGUUCCGCGCCAACCUGGAGCGGCCGCAGCGCAUGGCCCUGGCGUGACUCGAGUAGAGCGGGAGAGUGAGGGGGGGAGGGAGGGAAAGAGACGAGCCUCCACUUAUGAUGUCUGUGUCAUGGGUUAUGAUUUGCAGCAGUCUUAAACUGUUUGUUUAGUUACUGGAGGAACAAAGUGGUGACGUAGAAGAGGAGGGCUGGCUGGUUGGGUGGGGAUUAGGGUGGGUUCGGCCUGUGGCAAGCUCGGGCAGCGUGUGUACAGUAGUGUAACUGUCGCUGUUUGGAACUGUUGCUAUCAUGCGAGUCACACUUAUGACGAGGCGUCACGGUGGAGCUGGGGAGAGAGAGAGAGAAAGAGAGAGAGGUUAUGGGUAGUACCGGCCGUGUUACCAUGGGAAGUGACAUAGCAGAGUAGGAGACGGUUAACUUGUGGAAAAUACCCAUUUUCAUGGGUGCUGUUCAAACACAAACACACCUUGUUUGUAUAUAAAGUUGUUCAUCCAGAGUCCUAUAUAUAUCCACACCGGCACAUUCACGAUAUUGAAGUCCCGAUGCCGCUUCCCAGUGUCACUAUGCGAUCCAUCCUCCUGUAAAUUGGAGUCGGUGCUGGUGUAUAGACUUUUCUGUUUUUGUACAUUUCUCCUAUGUAUUUAUUACCAUCCACAGCACUGCAGUUCCCUAGUGUGAGGCAGUCGGCCUCGACAGAAGAGGACUUUGAGAUUCUUCCAGCGUGUUCUUCGAACAUGCUAAAUGAUUGCUCGUCCCCUGCAGUCGAGCUACACAGAAACGAUUCCGCUACAUUCUCUCUAAACUGUUCAUCUCCAUAACGUGUUACAUGUUAUGAGAAAAGGAACGAUCGGAAGUACCUUUAGAGUAAUAAAGAAAUUCACACAAACAAGCCAAGCCAAUAACCUGUAUGUUUUACAGCCAAUAAAGAGCAUCUUUUCUGUUUAACUCGCACCAGACUGCUUCA